AAUUUAAUUAUUUUUCGUACUAAUUUUUGUAAAUCAAAUUAAAUUCGUUGAAUUUCAAAUUACAAGAUUAAUAUAACCAUCAAAUCAAUCAUCAACCACAAGAUGUCGCUACAAUUUCAAGAAUUUUCCGUCACUUUUAAACUGAUGUUUACCAUAACCUCAAUCUUUAAAUUCAUCAUCACAACAUCAAAAAAUUCGUUAUUUAUUUACUUGUUACCAUUUAACGGAAUUGUUUAAUUAUAAUUAUACCAACAACAAUGGAAUCAACAGUCUCUGUAUCUAAGGGUGUUUUUGUAUUUAAAAAUAAGUUAAAAUCAUUUAAAGAUACAGGAAAAGUCCCAAAGAGGGGUAGAAAAAAAGGUACAGCCCUGAAUUUUAACAUUUUCAAUAAUGAGCCUUGGUAUCGAUCAUAUUUAGAUCUCUGGCAAACAAUGGAAAAGAAGAUACAUAAGUUACAAACUGAGAUGUCUUUAUCAAUAUUUGAUGAUUUAACACAUUACAUAGCAAAUAGCUAUGAUAAUAAAAACGUUACUGAAAUACCCACCGCAGCUUUACUUACCGGUGUGAAUAUGCCUGAUCAUGAAGCACAAUUUAGUGCUUUAAUUAGGAAAAUGAAAGAAAAUCCACUUUUACAUGUCGCUUGUUUACGUUCUGAAGAUGGUCAAACUAUCAAAAAUCUUAUAGAAAAUAUGAUGCAUCAAUUUGUUAAUGGAACAGGUUAUAGUUCAGAAGAGGAUGAUUUUGAAGAUAAUGAUAUUAAAAUAAAAAAGAUUAAUUAUACAUUUGCAGGGUUAAAAGCUUGGUAUGAUUCAGAAAGAAGAGAAGCACUUUUUGUUGUUAUUAUUCCAGAUUUUGAAAGUUUUAAAAACAAGGUUUUACAUGAAUUUAUUUUAAUAGUUAGUUCAUAUUUAAACAUAUUACCGUUCGCCUUUGUGUUUGGAAUUGCAACGUCUUUAACGGUUUUACAUAAAACAUUACCGUACCACGUCUCAUCAAAGAUUAAUAUCCAAUUUUUUAAUUCUCAAACAUCCUCUGCUUAUUUAAAUAGCAUUUUGGAAAACGUUUUGUUUUCCGAAGAUUGCCCCUUCCAACUCGGAGGCAACAUAUUUAAUUUAUUUGUUGAUAUUUUUUUGUUUUACGAUUUAUCUGUGAGUGGGUUUAUUCAAAAAUACAAGUAUGCAAUGUUGGAACAUUUUAGUUUUGGAAAUGCGAUGACUUUGUGUACAAAUUACAAAAAAUUAAAAACCAUAUUAAAAGAUUUUGAUCAUGAAUCGUGUGAAAAUGCGAGACGAAUCUUAUCAUUUCGGAAAAUGGUCGAAAAAGAAUCCCCAGAGAAUCAAAUUAAAUUAUUAACGGACGACGAUUAUUUUAAGGAGUCCCUAAAAAACGAGAUACAAAACGUUAUUCGGUAUUUACAUCUUUAUCAUUUACUUUUAAAGUGUUUGUUUGCGUUAACAAAGAGUUUACCGAAACAACCUUUAGGAAAAGAGAUUCGAGAACUUUAUUGCAUGGCAAGUUCGGUGAAUAUAACAAAAACGGAUCAAUAUAAAGAAGCUUUUCAAUUGUUACAAUUUCAAUCGAAAGUUGAAUUAAUGGGAAAUAUAACGAAGAUAUGUGAAAUUAUUGAAGUUGCGACCACAAAAUCAACUUUAAAUCGUGAUCUUUUACGCAAAGUUGUGGAUGAUCUUUAUGAUAUUUUUGAAAACGAUGAUGAAACAAUGAGUGUCGAGCACAACGAUAGUUUUGAAACAAAAAUGAAUAAUCUGAAAAUAAAUAGUUGUACGGAUCGGAAUAAAUUUAAAAACGAAUUAAUGGAAUUAGCAUCAACAAGGCAACCUUUAAAUAAAUUUGAAGCCCAAAAAACUAAAUUAUUAACUUAUCUAUCAAGCGUUUUCUCUGAACAUCUUUACGAGCCGACUAAAAAUUAUUUCCAUGAAAUAUUUUUCUUUUAUAAUUCCUCUAUUGAGCAGCAAAUAGUUGGUACUCAUCGAACGGCUUUACACACGGCUCUAAAUGAUCCGUUUCAAUAUCUGCAGUGUGAUUGUUGUGAAUUAAGACAUGACUCUUCAAUCGAAAAAACGAUGCCUGAUAUUUGUAUAGCAUAUAAAUUACAUUUGGAAUAUGGGAAAAUGAUUAAUUUGUACGAUUGGUUGCAAGCAUUUGUUUCGGUUGUAAAUCCAGUUCAUUUGGAUGACGCUGAAGCUGAUCAACAAAUCAGUCCACAGUUACAGGCAAGAUUUACACAAGCAGUUGCGGAAUUGGAAUUUUUGGGAUUCGUUAAAAGCUCUAAACGCAAAGCUGACCAUGUACAAAGAUUAACGUGGGGUGGCUAAAAUAUUAAAACAAUUACAACUUUUAAUAUUUCUACAGAAAACUUAAAAAAUAAUAAAUUUUUUCUUCGCA